AAUUGUAUAUAGCUUAACGUCAGCUAGAUAUAAUCGGUUUUACUUCAAAGUAACUUGCGAAUAGAAAAGAAAAUCUUUUGUUGAAAUUAUCCUUUGUCACGCAACUAUAUUCAUUCAACCCGAAACCGCAAUGUUUUUAUUAUAUAGAACAAAAAAAUAUUUUAUUCUUUUUCCCAAAGUAAAAUUACAAAAAAAGAUCCGUUCAAUUCGGUACGUUUAAGAAGCAUAAAGUGACUGUUGGACGAUUCGAUUAUGGUGGAUAGAAUUUUGUCGUUCGUUAUUCCAAUUUCUUAUAUUUUUUUAUAUCUAUUGUUGACUUCAAUCAAUCAAUAAAUAUUUGACGUGUUAUUAUUGGCAUCAAUCUUCGUUUCAGCCUGACUUCUCUUUAUUGGCUAGUCAGAACAACAGGAAAAAGGAAAUAUAAAAUUCAAUAAUCCUAAUAAAAUAAACAAAAUGCUCUUCAAUAUUUCAAAAAUAUAAUUAUUUUGAACCGUUCACCCGCAUCAACAAAUUUGUUUACACCCAGCUUUUAUAAACAGAUAAAAGUCUACACAACAAAAUAAACAACAGAAUGAAAAAAGUGGUUUUGCAUUGGCAUAAAAAGUAAAAACAAAAAACAACAACAACAACACAACAAAUACCCCAAAAGUCCCAUUGCGUACGAGAAUGAAAAAAGAUGAAAGUCGAUUCCAAAAAAAAUUUCGUCCGACAUGGUUUGAUGUAUUUAUGGCACUUCUAGCAAUCCAUCUGAAUGAAAAUGUUCUCUAAUGAAAAAUAUAAAAUUGAAGCCGAAAUGUUCACUUAAACAAACAAUAAUCGUUGAAAUAAAGUGAGUGUUGCUCUUGUAAGCGUUUUGGUGUAAAAAUAACUUUUUUUUUCUCCUUCAUCCAUGGUUUUAAUCUAAAUAAACAGAAGUGAAAAUAAAUUCAUCAAAUGAUUGAAGUAUAGGAGAAGUGAAUGUGAAAUAGAUGAAGUUAUAAAAAAAGAUUAUGACGUUUAACACCCAAAUAUACCUAUCUAUUACGUGAUGUUAUGUUAUGAUGCUAUUAUUACACACAGAAAGAAAAAUAUCUUAUUAAAAAAAAGUUGAUGAGGUGUGGUGUGGGGUUAAAUAAAAUGUAAUAAGAAAUUUAACGAUGGUUUAUGUGGUUCAUGGUCCAAAGUUUAACUAGUAAUUGUUAUUGCCCGAGGUAAAUAGCAACAUUUUUUCGGGAAAAAAGUUCAAAAAAUAUUUAUUGUCAUACUUAAGCAAAGUGUUUGUAAUAACAAGUAUAACGUAACGUGAAAGUGAGUAAAUAAAAAUAUAUCAAGCAUCUGAAGGAUACUUACUUAUAAGAAGAUAAAAAUAAAUAAGCGAAAAAGAAAUUCAAAUAUUUAUACAUGGAUAAUACAAGUUAUACGUACAGCACAUAAGAGCACAAUGAAAAAACGAAAGAUGAAUGAAGACAUUGGUAGGGGAGCGUUGGCUCUUUGCUAUCUAAAGAACUCCAAUUUAGCAUCAGCGGUAUAGCUUUCAUAUAUCAAUAUAUCAACUCAAUGAAAUAUACCUACAUGUGGUUAUGAAAUUCGUACGUUGUACAUAGAAAAGGAUAUCAUAGAAAAGCAUAGACAUGAAUCUGAUUAACAUGGAUUCAGAAAAUCGGGUGGUUCUGAAUGUGGGGGGAAUUCGACAUGAAACAUACAAGGCGACAUUGAAGAAGAUUCCAGCUACCCGAUUAUCCAGAUUGACCGAAGCAUUGGCGAACUAUGACCCAGUUUUAAAUGAAUACUUUUUUGAUAGACAUCCUGGUGUUUUCGCACAAGUUCUCAAUUAUUAUCGAACUGGUAAACUACAUUAUCCAACUGAUGUCUGUGGUCCACUAUUCGAAGAAGAGCUGGAAUUUUGGGGCUUGGACUCGAAUCAAGUUGAGCCUUGUUGCUGGAUGACAUACACAUCACAUCGUGAUACUCAGGAAACCUUAGCGGUAUUGGAUCGUUUAGAUUUGGAUACCGAAAAACCUUCAGACGAAGAAUUAGCUAGAAAAUUUGGUUUUGAAGAAGACUACUACAAGGGCUCAAUAUCUUGGUGGCAAAAUAUGAAACCGCAAAUAUGGUCAUUAUUUGAUGAACCAUACAGUUCAAAUGCAGCGAAGGUAUUAACCAAUGUAAAGCGUCGGUAA